GUAAUAUCUCUUACCUUAUUUUUCUCCCUCUCCUUUUUUUUUUCUCAAUCGACCGCACAGUCUGUAUUUUUUUUUUUUUCGACGACAACAUUACGACCUUGCAUUCUUUGUCGUCGCGGCUUGCAACCCUCGCGCGGCCCGACUUUCGACUACGACCCGACACAAGCCCCUCCCGCGCUACACCGAUUGGAUUGAAUGAGGGCUCUUUUAUGCGUUUUUCUUUGCGGCUCAUGUCAACAUCGAAUUGAUGUUGAUUGCUCCCGGUCAAUCGACAUCAGGACUGCUACCUAACCAACGAUCAGCAGUCUUGCCUGUUGUUCACACUGCCCGAAAACGCGGCGAUUUUCCACAACACCUUCGUCGACACGGGACCCGCCCAAGGUGAGCCAAGGCGAAACCAUCGCCGUCAGACAGCCAUACGAUCCACCGGGACCCAAUCCAUAAAACGAGAGGAAGCGAGACACUCCCACCGCCACAUACAAAAACAAACCGCAGACACAGAAUGUCUGCACCCGACCCUUUUGAUGGGCCACCCGCCGAUCGAGGGCGCGGUGACCGUCAUGCCCCAGGAGAGGAAAACUACCAAAUGGAUCGCGACGCCUUGCAACUGGGCAUGGGAGCCCCUCGCCAGAAUGGAGGAGGUGCAUAUCCUUCGGCCGUCCCUCCGGGGGCACCAUCACCCGCGUGGAGUACAGGCGGCGAAAGGUUACGGGACGAACGAAGCCGCAGUGCGGAGAGAAAUCGGUCACGGCCUAGGAAUGGCCGCUCGGCGAGCGGACAGCUGCGCAUCUGCGCCAAGUGCGGUGAGCCCUUGACGGGUCAGUUCGUGAGGGCGCUGGAUGGAACAUUCCAUCUGGACUGCUUCAAGUGUCGGGAUUGCGGACAAAUAGUGGCGUCCAAAUUCUUCCCUGCCGAAGACGAGAACGGUGGUGGCCAGUACCCUCUGUGUGAGAAAGACUACUUUCGUCGCCUCGGCCUUCUCUGCUACCAAUGCGGCAAUGCUUUGCGAGGAUCCUACAUAACAGCACUAGACCGCAAGUAUCACGUCGACCACUUCACCUGUUCCCUGUGCGACACCGUAUUCGGAGCCCAGGACAGCUAUUACGAGCACGAUGGCAGUGUAUACUGCCACUACCAUUAUUCUACUCAGUUCGCACAAAAGUGUAAUGGCUGCCAGACCGCGAUUCUCAAACAAUUCGUCGAGAUUUAUCGCAACGGCCAGAACCAACAUUGGCAUCCUGAAUGCUACAUGAUCCACAAGUUCUGGAACGUCCGACUUACGCCGCCCCAGGAAGCAUCGACUCUAUCUCUUGACCAGGAUGAACAAGCCAGCCGCGAGCUCGUCAAGGUCGGGGAAGAACGUAUGGAGGAGAAGGUCUACAGGAUAUGGAGCACAUUAUCCACGUUUGAAGAGUCAUCCGCUGCCUGCAUAUCAGAUAUGCUGCUCCAUGUGAGCAAUGGAGCAUACGUGGAUGGUGUCAUGGUCGCUAAGAAGUUCAUCUGGCACGUCGACAUUUUAUUCAAAUCAGCAGAUGGCCUUGAUGCGGCCAUGACGAAACUGGACAUGAAGGCCUUGUCGUAUGGCAGAGAGGCAAAACUGCUGUGCAAAAAGAUUGUCGCUUUCUUUUCCUUACUGUCCAAGGCACAGGACAAGGAGGUUCGCAAACUUGGAGUGACACAAGAGUUACUUUCUUUAGUAACUGGUCUAGCACACUACCUCAAGCUAUUGAUCCGGAUUUGUCUACAAGGUGCUCUGCGAAUAGAGAAGGAACGAAAUACCUCGGACGGCCUGUACCAAUUUCUCGACGACCUCGGAAAUCUCGAGUCUCUUAAAGGCGAAGAGCAGUCGCUCUCGAUCACCAUGGGCAUGUCGCGACUCUCGGCUAACGACUCAGAUCAGUGCAGCCUAUGUCGCAAGCCGAUAGAGGAUGAGUGUGCAAAGAACGAGGAGAAACGGUGGCACAUUGCAUGUGUGGCGUGCACUCGUUGCGGCAGGGAACUGGGGAGGAGUUUGCACGAUGCGCAAUUUAACCCCUACGACCAGAAGAUAUUUUGCACGAACUGCGGUUCUUUGUACGCGGACAACGCACCCCCAUUCACCCGUGUCACUAAGCUGCAGCAGUAUGUCUACUUGCUCAAGGUGGCUUUGGCGAGACUGUUGGAAAUACUACGCAGCACGGGUGCAAUCCCACGAGAGGACGGUCAUCCCCAAGAUCUACACGACGGACAACAAAACUUGCCACCGCACUUGCGAAGUGAGGCGCGAUCUAAGAGUUUUGCAGCCGGCAGCAUGCACCAGCGCGAGUCUUCGUACGAGAGUGCUGUAAACGAUGUCAAGAGGCUGAAAAGCACCCGUCUCGAUAAGGCGCUGUCUUCCAGCGUCAGGAAGGCGAGGACAUCACGUAUUAUGGAGGGGCCAGAUGGGACGACCGGCCGUCCCGGCUCAGGAGGGGCGGGCUCCGGUGAUCCGCGCAAGCCCGGGUUCCAGAUUGUUGAGGAACCUGCCAACGAACGUGCAGAGGACUCGAUGCUUGGAAACCAAGAUGCUUUAACAUUAGACGAUAUUCCCCGCAUCGUCGCGGCCGAGCAGGCUCGAGAGCAAAGACCCAACGCAUUCCAACGCCAAGAAUUGUUCCGCGCACCUGCAACAGAGCCGAAUCUCAACUCAAAUAACCCCCGUGCUUUCUCUCCGGGUCGAGGUCCCCGAUCUCACGGAGAACCUUCGCCACAGCGAAACAUGGUCAUGGGCAUUGGCGGCAGGAAAUAUUUCUCGGAGCUCUCGAAUCUUGAUUAUUUCAUUGUCAGGCACCUUGCGGUAUUAACGAUGCACCCCUUACUCAACAACGAAUUUGAACUCGAAGAGCUGUUGGGAUUCAUCGAGUCGAGAAAACCAGCCACUUUCUGGAACAAGUUUGGAAAAGCCUUCAAAAAUGAUGGCAAGAAGAACGUCAAGAAGAAGGGCGUUUUUGGCGUGCCUCUGGAAAUAAUCAUUGAACGCGACGGCGCCGACUCGACAGACGGAGUGGGACCCGGAACGCUGCGGAUCCCUGCGAUUGUCGACGACAUUGUUGCGACGAUGAGGCAGAUGGAUUUGUCGGUCGAGGGUGUCUUCAGGAAGAACGGCAACAUCAAAAAGCUUAGUGAACUUUGCGAGAAAAUCGACCGGGAAGGCUGCGACAGUGUGAACCUGAGCUCGCAGCCGGUUGUGCAAGUAGCUGCGUUGUUGAAGCGCUACCUCAGAGAUUUACCGGAUCCUUUGAUGACACACAAGCUCUAUAACCUAUGGCUUACAGCAGCCAAGAUACAAGACGCGGACAAGCGGCGGCAGUGCCUACAUCUCAUCUGCUGUCUGCUGCCCAAGUGCCACAGGGACUGCCUUGAGAUUUUAUUCUGCUUCCUCAAGUGGGCAGGAACAUUCCACCAGGUCGACGAUGAAUCGGGAUCCAAGAUGGAUGUUAAGAAUUUGGCAACCGUCAUUGCACCGAACAUCCUUUAUCUGCAAUCCAAGGCCCUUACUCUGGACAGCGAUCCCAUGUUUGCCAUCGUGGCAGUCGAGACACUCAUCCAGGACAUAGAAGAGAUGUGCUUGGUGCCCGAUGAUCUGGUUGAUAUACUCAGCGACUCAACAUUAUUCAACAACAAUGGCGAUCUCACAACCAAGGAGAUCCUCAAACGAUUUGGCGACCGUCCGCUUAUGAACGGUGGCCUUCGGGGCCACGGUGACGAGCUUGUUGGGCGGCACGACACGCCUAAUCGCCCAUUUGCCAGGCGAGUGGAUACCGACCCUGCGGUCUGGCAAGAUGAGCGCAGCGUGCGUCCCGUCCACGACCAGCAACAGUACGCCAGCUCUAUGCAUAAUACCCCGUUGAGGAGACAUGAAGACAAUGGACAGCCGUCGCCGUACGGUCAGGACUUUGAACCUGCACCAGGGAUGAGCCGUGAGCCCUCAUCUGAUCGGGGUGGUGGCCAGCGGAGAGAUUGGAGGAACUCUGGAUGGGGAAACAACAAUAGACAACCAGGCUCUGUUGGUGUUACUGGAACGGGCUGAUGGGGAUUGGUGACGAAACAGCUCCUUGAUCAACGUUUCCUUUGUUUGCCUCAAUUUAAGAUGGCCAGCGCCACUCCGGGUCUUCUCUAUUUGGUUGGCUUUCACCCCAGGUCGUUUCUUGAUUAACUGGGAUAUUUGGCUUUUUCGUGGCGUGUCUAUUGUGCGUGCGGUUGUGUGGACACACCAACCCGUUUACCUAGUGUGGAAGGUUUUGAUAUACCCCUUUUGGUUGGGCAGCUCAAGAGGCCACAAAAUAUGUGGCGUGAGCUUGUUAUUCUGUUUAUUUUUCUUUUCUUUUUUUCUUUCUUACAAUUCUUUUUUUCGUGUCGUAACCUUUUUUAUGGUGAUGCCGGCUUUACUAGUGGAGACACAUAUAAUUUGUGGUACACUUUUUUUUUCUUUUUUCACUCUUCACUAUUCCUUUUGUUACUUUUACCAGGAGUUCUUGGGUUAUUGUUUUUCUGCCUUUUCCUAUUAUGAAUGACUACUAGAAGGGUUUCACUUUUCUUGACAAAGUUUUGGGUUGUAGAGGAAUAUGUAGCAUCUUCUUGUCCCUUGGGGAAUCCCGCAUGGCGCGGUUUUUUUUCUUCCCCUAUUGACCAAAAUCAAUCUAAAAACAGCUUGUUGUGGU